AUGGAUUUGAAUCAAAAGUCGCUACAUCCAGUCUUGUCGUCUUCCUCGUCUUCGGAAACGAGCAAUCAGAUAUCACCAGAUCCCACCGGGGGAGCUGGGUCUGGUAUGGCGCGUUUGGGAACAGCAGACAAGCCAGAAACGCCCAAACUGAAGCCGUUUGAUAUCAAAAUUGGCGCCCCAAAGAAUUUAGAAACUCCAGUACCUAGGUCAGGUCCGGCUACGCCGUUCGCAAAUUCGUCGGUGAAGAAAACUGGUCUGAGACUGGGAAUAAACGUACUUGGAGGGAACAAGCCGUUCAAUUUAAGCACGCCCCAGCCUCAAAGCUUCGACACCCCAACUGCACUUCCGAAAGAGGAGGUGGCUCAAUCCGGACUCAGUUCUCCAAUAGUUCUGAAGUCGACCCCACUCCCAGGUUCACCAAGCAGACAGGUAGGAACCGAUAACCCGGAUCUCACGCAUGUUCCCACCACAUCUCCGCAGCCGACUGCGCUUCAGGAUGUCGCAUCGCCUCCAACAACUCCGAAGAGAUCAAGUGUAGAGGUCCAGAAUGAGGAUGACCUCUCCAAUAACUUACGAAUGCUUGCUGCCAAGGAGAUGGAUGUGCUAGAAAUUGGUCAGAAAAUCAAGGAAAUGAUCGAGACAAAGCGGGCUAUGGAACGUGACCUUGAGCGGUUAAAGAAGAAAGUUGAGCGUGCUUUGGUAGAACAGAUGCAAAGUGGUAUCAACUCCAGUUCUAACGCCAGCAAGGGGUCGAGGCCAAACUUUUUCAAUUUGCCGGGCAAUAACUCCGGAAACGGCUCGAGAUCGCCUCUGAGGCCGAGAUCGCAGUCCCCAGUGAGAAGAAACCUCAAGUUCGGCGGUCGGCAAAACUCUGGUUACUCUGAAAACUCGGAAUAUUCGAAUAAUGAGACGAAAGGCUGGGGAAACAAUCUGUUUUCGAAGCCAUUAAACUUUUUCCAGCAGUUCGAUACCAUAAUACAGAACGAGUUUGAGAAGCUACAUAUUCCCACAGUUUCUGAAGAUAAAGAGCGAGAAUCUUCAUCGAGGGGAUCUAGUUCUUCUUCAUUCGAUAACCUGGAGUAUUCAAAGGAGAUCAAUGAGCCUAUUAAGAGUCUGGCCCAUAACAAUUCGAGGUCGCAGGAGGUCGUGAAUUCCAUGACAAACCAAUUGUGGUCUUUCGUGAAUGAGGUUAAGUCAAACCUUUUGAGUCAUGACGACUCGGAUGACAGUCCUGAGACGCAGAGGACAUUCUCGCCGGGAAAGCUGCGUUCUGGAAAUAAUGCGAACUUAGCUCCUACCAGUCCAAUUCAAAAUAGAACCAGAACUCCUUCUGUUUCCAACAGAACACACUACGGACAAUACUCGAGAUUGCACAAGAAGAGAUCGAAUGCCUCGUUACAACCUCCGGAAGUGGUGGCAGAUGGGAGAGAAGGACACAACGAGUCCCCGGAUGGCUUUGCCAAUGUUGUGAUCACGGACGAUGGUGAUUUGAUUACAGUUGGUGAUGUAGAAGAAGAGGUCAGUGCAGUGUGA